AACUAACUCGCAAUCAACGAAGUUAACAAGUGACGUUAAAUAAUCGAGGUUCCGUAACACAGUGUUUAAAAUUAUUUUUAUUACCAACAAAUAUGAUUAAGGAAAUAACUUUUAUCAGCUGCCUGGUGGCUGCAGCGCUAGCGAUGCCAGCUGUGGAAUAUGGAGCUUUGAGUCCAAGUUUGUAUCCAAACGAUGAUGCCGGCAUUGUGAUUCUCCAGCCAGCCGAAGACGAUCUGGAAGGUGCUGAAACGGCUCACCAUGGAGGUUAUGGAGGAGGUUAUGGUGGCGGAUUUGGCGGUCAAGGAGGAGGCGGUUUCGGUCGGGGUCAUGGUGGUUUUGGUGGAGGAUUUGGAGGAGGUAGAGGUUUCGGAGGUGGCUAUGGAGGUGGCUAUGGAGGUGGCUUUGGCGGUGGCCACGGAGGUUUCGGACGAGGAUACCAUGGCUAAAAAUACAAGUGGUGGAAUUCUAGUGUACAUUGAAGGCUUAGAUGAUAAAUAAAAUAAUUUUAUGUA